AUGGACUCAACCCUCGCCUGUUGCUCGUUGCUGCUGGCCAUUGUGCUGCUGUACGAUCUACCUGCAGCAUAUGGCACGGCCGUGAGCGCCACUCGCCUGCGCUGUGGCCGGGGCUGGCUGGAGGUGACUGUGCAGCUGGAGUUGCUGGGCGUGGGGGCCCAGGCGCUGCGACGAGGAGGGUUGUACCUGGGCGAGCCGGCGUGUCACGCCACCGGCGAGGGGGAGGGCGGCUCCCUUGUCCUCCUCUACAACCUCGGCGCGUGUGGCACCCAAGCCUCGGUGGAAAAUGAUGACAUCGUUUACACAAACUACCUGCAUUACGAGCCUGCCACUCGCAGUAACAUCGUGAGAGUCCACCGGGCGAGCGUCUUCCUGGAGUGCCGAUACCACAGAAAGCACAACGUGACGAGCGGUGACGUCGCUCCAACGUGGCUGCCCUACACCAGCGAGCGCGUGGUCCAGCAGCGGCUGCCCUUCCGCCUGCGAGCCGUGAGCGACGACUGGCUCAGCGAUUACAGUGGCCCGUACAGGCAGGGUGAUGAUGUGCGUGUGGAGGCUUCCGUGGAUCUUGGCCCCCACCUCGACUUCCUGCUAUUCAUCGACGAGUGCUUGGCCGUACCCUUUCCGAGCCCCGACGAACCCAAUGCUGAAAUACUCAUCCAAAACCACGGGUGUUUAAAAAUCCAAAAUGGGCUCAACCCUGGUCACUUCCAAGCAAGGCUGAGGCCGGAUCGGUUGCGGUUUUCUUUCAAGGCCUUUGGAUUCCAGCAAAACUCAUCCAGCCAGGUUUAUCUGCGAUGCAACCUCAAGGUGGCGGAACAAACAACAUCUUCCAAUGCUGUUGACAAGGCGUGCACCUACUUCCCCGAGGGAUGGAUGUCCCCAGAUGGCAAUAACCAUGUAUGCUCAUGCUGCAGCAACCUCUGCUCCUCGUCUGCCCCUGCCAAGGCUGCACCUCUUCCACUUGGCAUUGUGGUGAGCGGCUACGUGGGCCUGGGUCCCCUGACCGUGAGCGGGGACCAAACGGAUCAUCCCGCUGUCGACAAGCGCGACCUGCUCCGCUUCGGGAGGGCCCACGACCAUGUCGACUCGAGCGGUGCGGCGGAGGAGACGGCGGUGACAACGGCGGCAGUGGUGUUGCCUCUCGCCGUGACGGUGCUCGUGGCUGGCACUCUGGCAUGGAGGAGGAGGAAACUCCCACUACCCCGUGCCCUGAUCCCAGCGUGUUGGCGAAUCUAGCACGGACCGCUAGCACUUACUCCCCACUCGUCCAGAGGCAUUCACCAGCAGG